ACAACUACUCAGAUGGCUGAUACCCCUCACUCAUUCACUUCUGCACCACACGAUAAUGCAAAGAAACGUGAUAAUCACGAGAUAAUCUGACACAUGUUGGAGCCCCAACAUAUCCUGCUCGAACCAAGUGAGAUAUAAAGCAAGCAAGACACCCUCCUAACAUCAUAGUCCUUCAAUAUUAAUAUUAUGUCUCAUCAAACACCAAAAACGAACUUCUUACCUCUACUGCCACUAGAGAUUCACUCACAAACCAAGAAAAUCUCGCCUUCAACCAACAAAAUGACACAACAUGGCAGCGAACCACGCACAGAGACCACCCCCUCUUCUGGGCACCAAGACCGGAAUAAAACAAGCCCAGGUCUUAGUCAUGGAGCUGUAGACCAAGGAAACGAACACCCAACCGCAACGACGGCAAAAGAAACGACUUCUGGUAUAACCACAGAAGUCAAUGAACUACUGAAGACUAGUUCCUGGCCUAUUCCUCAUGCUCGGGAGUAUCAGAAGCAUGCUUGGCAUAGUUCUGUGCUAGGAAUGGAGGCCAAGGUCAAGGACGAGUGGGGAUUUUCCAGCGCAAAUGUAUCGCGUUCGCACACACCAAACCCAGUUUGCUAAGAUGAUUAUUGUUAACGAAAAGUGUUUGUAAAUUAUUUGUGGCAAUAUGUAGUUUAGUGUAGCAUUUCUUCUUGUCAGCGCUAGUGACUGUUUCCCCGCUUCUAUGUAGUUAAUCAAAUAAGUUCGUGAGAUAUCGUAGCGAUCGAUCAAAUCAAAACGGCUGAGUCUUCAACUAAG